CCGCUACCGUCUGAACCGUACGAGGCAACGCAGCUCGCCGACGACAGCGUCCCUGCGCGAGAGCGACCUCGGCAAGCUGCGUGAUCGAGCCGAAGCGUGGCAGCUGGCUCUCCUCACCUCUGCGCGCCGUCACCGCCAGCUCCUGGCCACGAGGACGCUCGCACCACGCUCUGCGACCCGCCACAGCACCUGCGACGCCCCGCCAUGGCCGCCAAAUCGCUGUUCCGCAAGCUCUCCCCCGCCGUCUACCUGGCCGAGCCGGCAUCCUCUCUCGCCCAUGGUGCAGCAGCAGGGACGAGCGCAAACAAGGCGCCAGAGCUCAUCUUGAUCUCUGGAUGGAUGGGUGCCCAGCUCAAGCACGUCGAGAAGUACGCGGAGACGUACCGCACUAUUUACCCGACCUCGUCCAUCCUGCUUCUCCGCUCGAUGGAGAGCGACUUCUUCCGCCCCUCAAAGCUCGUCCACGCCCUCGUUCCAGCCGCCGACGUUCUUCGGUCACGCACGAGUGGCUACACGGCGGGCCCGUCGAGCGGUCUCCUCGUCCACGCCUUCUCGAACGGCGGCUGCUUGACGCUCAAGACGCUCAACGAGCUCAUGCGGCCGAGCCGAGCCGACGGUCGACAGCCAAUAGCUGCUGCGACGACGCCUCUACCUGCCCGAGCGAUCGUGUUCGACUCGUGCCCGGGCCAGGCCAGCCUGAGCGGCAUCAUCGCAGCUUUUACGGCCGGCGUCAAGAGCCCGCUCGUCAAGGUGCCGCUCAUGGGCGUGCUCUCGGUCGUCUAUGCCUUCCUGCGACUUUGGGACAUGAUCCGCCGUCGUUCGUCCAUCCUCGCUCGUGUCGCGGCCUACUUCAACUCUCCGGCCCUCCCUCCCGUCCCUCGACUCUACCUCUACUCGACGACCGACAAGCUCGUCCCCUGCGCCGACGUCGAGCAACACGUCGCCGAGGCCCGCUCGCUCGGCCUCGAGGUCCGGGCCGAGCGCUUUGAGGCGACGCCGCACGUCGCGCACGCACGCGCCGACCCAAAACGAUACUGGGGCGCGGUACAGCAGGUGUGGGAGCAGAGCGGGGAGGACAAGUAGAGCGCGAGAGGGAGCGAGACGGUGCUGGAAUUGCAGAUUCUCGACACGCUACGGCGGCAGG